CCGCCAACCAGCCCCCUCCUUUCCUCUUAAAAAAAAAAGGCAGGGAAGGGGGGGGGGGAGGGGGAAAUGUAUAGUCAGGGCUUCCCAAAUGCGCGCCCCCGACCUGGUGCCAAGCGCGCCCCCUUCAUUUGUUCCCCUUCUUGAAGCUCAUUUUCAUGACGUGGAAAAGCCUGAUCCAGGGCAACAACAGCACACACACAGACACACACACCCGCACACCCGCACACGCACACUCACGCACACACCCAACACCCGCACCCGCACGGCCCGGGCAGCGCAGCCCGAGCUCCGCCGCGCCCCAGCCCUGCCGCUCCGCUGCCGGGGCCCGGGAAGGCGGCGGCGGCGGCGCUGGAGCCUGCAGCAGCCCCUCUCCUCCCUCCUCCAUUGAGUGUGCCAAACAGCAGCUCUGCAUCCUAAAGAAGAUCAUUGAGGGGCUCAUUGCAUUCCCAGCACGUCUCAGGCUUGCUUCUUUUUUUUUUUUUUUUUUUUUUUUUUUUUUCCUUUUGCCUCAGCUUCAGCAGGAGUAGAGAGAGAGGGAGAGAGAGAGACACAGAGAGGGAGAGGCAGAGAGAAACCAGCAAUCUUUAAACUCGAGCUUUUUUUUUUCCCCUUAGCCUCUUUUUUUUGUAAAGAUGUGCUAAAAUCUCUCCUGCAAACCGGUAAGUACAACCUUUCUGGAUCCUUUUGUUUCCGCCUAGGGUCAAAGACACCCCCUCUUCCAAAAAGAAGAUAUAAUAAUCCUCUUUAUUUAUUUUUUUAUUUUUUUAUUACAGCCUUUGCAGAAGAGAAAGAACUUAAGUGGCUAAUAUUUUGCAAAGGAGACAGAGAGACUGAUACUGCAAUGUAGCUCUCAUCUCUCUCCCUUCUUCCCAAUUAGAUGCUGGUUUUAAUUGCAGAGGGUAUUUCUCUUUUCAUGCUUUCAACCAUCUCCUCUUUCCCACAGGGGAGGGUUUCAUUUGCAAGUUGAUCCUAAGGAUUUCUGUUCCUCUGGCAUUUCUCUCCCCUAAAUGCAUCUUUCUGCUCUCAAGUUUGCGGAUGGAGGGCAAAAUUUUCUAGUUCUUACACGAGGAAGGCAAAAAGGACCUUUUCUAUUGAAAGAUUAAGACUAAAAGCAACGAUCGCUCUGAAUAAUUCUAAUGGGCAUUUCAGUGAUUCAAGGAAGGCUGCAUCACCGCCGUUAUUAUUACCAUCCUUAGCAUUUCUCUGUGCCCGUACAUUUAAAAUAUCUGGUGAAAGGAAGGGUGAAACCAUAUGUUGAAGGAGCUGCAUCUCAUUAGUACAGUAUUAUUUUCAUCCGAUUGGAGAAGAAUGGUGUCCUCAUUCGGAAACGUAUAUAGUAGGAUAGAUAAUUUGUCGGCUGGUAAGUGUCAAGGUAUUUUUUUUCUUCCACUUUCAGCUUUUUAACCGGGUCUCCUGCUUGGUCCUGGGGGCACAAAAUACCCUAAUCCAAGGCAGGCUGAGUGUUUCAAUCCUAGGUGCCUCUUCAGCUGUCACUUCCCUUUAGAUCUGCUGAUCGCAUGGGCAUGUGCUUUAGAAAGAUUAAUCAUCUCUAAAUGCUUUAAUCAGCUAAAAUGACUAAUAUGUGGUAUGUAUUUAUCUGAUAAUAUACCAGUUGCAUUAAUUCAUCGGUGCAUUUGAAACGGGAAGCUUUUCUUUUAAAUCGGGGUUGUUAACUAUUUACUGUUUUAAAGAUAUUGUGGGGAUUUGUGAAGGGAACCGUUUUGCCAGGGACAUCAGCAAACCUUGCACAUUCCUGUGAACUUGCGUAUGGAAUAUAUCGAGCUGGGAGGGAGAGGGAUUCAAGGACUGGGAUUCAAUAACUUUGGGAGUUUGCAUGUAUGAAAGAUGUAGUGCGACACCAGAGAAAUCUGCCCACUGGUUAUUUCCCCCCCUCCCCGUAGUUAAUGCGGGCUACGAUGGCUACAAAGCUCAAAUUGCGAACAAGUAUGAAAUACCUGUACUUCUAAACACCGGUCCGACAGUGGAAAACAUGUAAAGACGCAACACGUUCAGCCUGUGUGCUCAUGUUGCUGUGUGGGUCUGCAUGUGCUGUCCUCUUUAUAGGUGGCAUUUACCAAAGGGGGGGGGGGGGGGGCGGGGGGGGACAGGGGAGGCUGAUAUCGCGUGAUUAAACCUUCUAACAUCUCUUAAGUAUAAAUCAGGGCAAGGCUCACCCAUCCGACACCCCUAGAGUUGGCUGUGAACGUCUGCCCAACAAUUGCUGAACUUUCCAGGAGCCUAACAGAAGUCUAGCAGGUAGGGGCUUAGUGACAAGAGCGGGGCAGGACGGAAAUACUGAAAUGUGCAUUUUUCUUCCCAUUGCAGUUUGGUAAACAGCAACAAAUGAUGAAACCUUCCACGGCAGAGACGCUUCAUAAAGGAAGGAUGUUGUGGAUAAUUCUUCUAAGCACAAUUGCUCUAGCAUGGACUACACCAAUUCCCUUGAUAGAGGACUCGGAGGAACUCGAUGAGCCCUGCUUUGAUCCAUGUUACUGUGAAGUGAAAGAGAGCCUUUUCCAUAUACAUUGUGACAACAAAGGAUUUAUAAAUAUUAGUCAGAUAACAGAGUCGUGGUCGAGACCUUUUAAACUUUAUCUGCAGAGGAAUUCCAUGAGGAAAUUGUACACCAACAGUUUUCUUCACUUGAACAAUGCUGUGUCUAUUAACCUUGGGAACAAUGCACUGCAGGACAUUCAGACGGGGGCUUUUAACGGGCUCCGAGUCCUGAAGAGGUUGUAUUUGCACGAAAACAAAUUGGACAUUUUCAGAAACGACACUUUCCUGGGUUUGGAAAGUCUGGAAUAUCUGCAGGCAGAUUACAAUGUCAUCAAACGGAUUGAAAGCGGGGCAUUUCGAAACCUAAGCAAAUUGAGGGUCCUUAUCCUAAAUGACAAUCUUAUCCCCAUGCUUCCCACCAAUUUAUUUAAGUCUGUGUCCUUAACCCACUUGGACUUGCGCGGGAACCGGCUAAAAGUCCUUUCGUACCGUGGGAUGUUGGACCAUAUUGGCCGGAGCCUGAUGGAGAUCCAGCUGGAGGAGAACCCGUGGAACUGUACGUGUGAGAUCGUGCAGCUGAAGAGCUGGCUGGAGCGCAUCCCCUACACCGCCCUGGUGGGGGACAUCACCUGCGAGACCCCCUUCCACUUCCAUGGGAAGGACCUGCGGGAGAUCAAGAGAAGUAAGCUCUGCCCCAUGCUGUCCGACUCGGAGGUGGAAGCCAGCCUGGGCAUCCCCCAGCUGUCGUCCAGCAAGGAGAACGCGUGGCCUACGAAGCCUUCCUCCAUGCUGUCCUCCUUCCAUUUCACCGCUUCCUCUGUUGAGUACAAAACGUCCAACAAGCAGCCCAAGCCCACCAAGCAGCCCCGGGCGCCUCGCCCCCCCCCGACGUCCCGCGGCCUGUACCCCGGGCCCAACCAGCCGCCGGUGGCUGCCUACCAGACCCGGCCCCCCAUCCCCAUCAUCUGCCCGACCGGCUGCUCUUGCAGUUUGCACAUCAAUGACCUGGGCCUGACGGUCAACUGCAAGGAGCGCGGGUUCCACAACAUCUCCGAGCUCCUGCCCAGGCCCUUGAACGCCAAGAAGCUGUACCUGAGCGGGAAUUUGAUCCAGAAAAUCUACCGCUCCGAUUUCUGGAAUUUUUCCUCCUUGGAUCUCUUGCACCUGGGGAACAACCGCAUCUCCUACGUGCAGGACGGGGCUUUUAUCAACCUGCCGAAUCUCAAGAGCCUCUACCUGAACGGCAACGACAUCGAGCGGCUCACCCCGGGCAUGUUCCGGGGCCUGCAGAGUUUGCAUUAUCUGUACUUCGAGUACAACCUGAUCAGGGAAAUCCAGCCGGCAGCCUUCAGCCUCAUGCCCAACCUGAAGCUCCUCUUCCUCAACGACAACCUGCUCCGCACCCUGCCCACCGACGCCUUCGCCGGCACCUCCCUGGCCCGCCUCAACCUGCGCAACAACCACUUCUUGGCGCUGCCGGUGGCCGGGGUGCUGGAGCACCUCCACGCCAUCGUCCAGAUCGACCUGAAGCUCAACCCCUGGGACUGCACCUGCGAGCUGGUGCCGCUCAAGCAGUGGCUGGAGGCGCUCAGCUCCGUCAGCGUGGUGGGCGAGGUGCUGUGCGCCAGCCCCGAGCCCCUGGCGCGCCGCGACCUGCGCUCCCUGGAGCUGGCGGCGCUCUGCCCCGCCGCCCUGCGCCCCGCCGCCGCCGCCGCCUCGCCCCCCGCCGCCCCGCCGCCGCCCGCCGCCACCGGCGCCGCCGCCUACGAGCUGCCGCCGCCCGCCGCCGCCGUGCCGCUCUCCGUCCUCAUCCUCAGCCUGCUCGUCCUCUUCUUCUCCGCCGUGCUGGUGGCCGCCGGGCUCUUCGCCUUCGUGCUGCGCCGCCGCCGGCGGAAGCUGCCGUUCCGCGGCCCGCGGGCGGAGGCGGCCGACCUGGGCGGGGUGCCGCUGCGCUGCCCGCGGCUCUUCGAGGAGGGCGGCGGCGGCGGCGGCGGCGGCGGCGGCGGCGGCGGCGGCGGCGGCGGCGGAGGGGAGCGCUCCCCGGAGAAGGCGCCCCCGGCGGGCCACGUCUACGACUACAUCCCGCACCCGGUGACCCAGAUGUGCAACAACCCCAUUUACAAGCCGCGGGAGGAGGAGGAGGAGGUGGCGGGCGGCGGCGGGGAGGCGGCCGAGCUGCUGCGGGGCGGCGGCGAGCGCUUCGCCCACGCCGCCGCCGCCGCCGGCGGGCAGGAGCCGGGCACCAACUACCGCACCUUGCUGGAGAAGGAGCAGGAGUGGAGCCUGGCCGUGUCCAGCUCGCAGCUCAACACCAUCGUGGCCGUGCACCCCCAGCACCCCGCGGGCGGCGGGCUGGCGGCGGGCGGCGGCGGGCUGGCGGCGGCGGGGGGCGGCCCGCGGGACCGCGACCGCCCGCCGCCCUGCGCCGUGGGGUUCGUGGACUGCCUGUACGGCACCGUGCCCAAGCUGAAGGAACUGCACGUCCACCCCCCUGGCAUGCAAUACCCGGACCUCCAGCAGGACGCCAGGCUCAAAGAAACCCUCCUCUUCGCGGCCGGCAAGGGCUUCUCAGACCACCAAACCCCCACAAGCGAAUACCUCGAGUUAAGGGCCAAACUCCAAACCAAGCCGGAUUACCUCGAAGUCCUGGAGAAGACCACGUACCGGUUCUGACCGCCGCCCCGCCGCCCGCCCCGGCACCGCCGCAUGCGAGUAGAGGAUACAGCUGUGUGCUCUCCCCGCCAGAUGUGCGCGCCGCGGGGAAGGGCCGUUCUCAGAUCAUUAAUCGAUGAAGUGCCUUCGCAGACUUUUGCCAGCAGAUGUUAAUCAAUCAUUAUUUUUUAUACUGAAACUGAGACUUUGACUGUGCCAUGUCUAAGGUAUAUAAUUAUUAUUAUUAUUAUUAUCGGGGAUCUUUGUAUUGAUCCUGAUUAAGUAAAUUCUAUGUGUGUCUCUCUUUUUUUCUUCGUUGUUUUUUUGGUUUUGGUUUGUUUUUUUUUUACUUUUCCUUUACUGUUGGUUUUAUUCUUCGUUUUAUUGUUUGUUUCUGGUGUUUCGGUUGUUUGUUUGGUUUUUUUCGCUUUUCUUUUCCGUUGCAGUAAACUUUCUUUAUAUUUUCCCUUGGAGGGGAGGGGGAGGGAAGAUGGCAUUUUGUGGCUUGCUUUCUUCUUGCCCAUCAUGGCACAGAUUCUGUACAUUUAUUUAAAAAAAAUGCAAAGAAGCAAACGAGCGCAGUUUGCUGCAUGCCUGGAAACUGCAAGAGGGAAGGGAGGGGAGGUUCUUGCUCGAAUGUCUCACUUUUGUCUCUCUCCCUCCCUCGCACGCACACUCACCCUCGCCCUCACCCUCACCGCCACCCUCGCCGCCAGCCCGGCCCCGCCGCGCAGCGCCCGGUGGCCGCGGGGUGCCGGUGGCCGCGGGGGGGGGAUCCCGUGGGCUGGGGGAAGCCAGCCGGAGCCGAGCAGCCCCGAGGUUGUAAGCACGUGGCGCACACACCUAGGGGAUGCUCGUCAUGACGCCAUGGUUUUUUGGAGGACAUCCUCACUUUCCUAAUAAAAGCAACAUGCAAGUAUACAGGAAAAAAAAAAAAAAAAAAAAAGAAAAAGAAAAAAAAAAAAAAGCUACUGGGCACCUAUCACUAACAGCUUUGUAGGAAGCACUUUUAAUGUUUUCUCUCAUACACACAUACACACACACACACAGACACAAAGGUACAACAAUGUGCAUAUAUUUAUUCUGUAAUUUCAAGUGAAUAUAAAUUGUAAAGGUAAUGUUUAAUCAUUGUACAGUGAUGCGUCUGGUAUAGCUUUCCUAAUAAAACGUUUUGAAAAAAAUGCAUAUAUAUAUAUAUAUACACCCCCAUAUAUAUAUAUAUAUCGGAAUACAAAGCUUGAACCUGAAA